AUUAAAUUUUUUUUGAUUAAAAAUCUUUCAAACCAAACGAAGUGGAUAAAAAAACGCUUGAAGGCUAGCUAGUGUGUCUUCUUCUUCUCCCUGAAACUCUCCCUCCUCAUACUCUCUGAUGAAUUUCUCCAGAGUAAACCUCUUCGAUUUUCCUCUUAGACCAAUUUUGCUUUCGCAUCCUUCUUCUAUUUUCGUUUCUACACGUUUUGUUACCAGAACCUCUGCAGGUGUUUCUCCUUCUAUCUUACUUCCCAGAUCAACUCAGUCUCCUCAGAUUAUUGCUAAGAGCUCAUCAGUAUCAGUACAGCCAGUGUCUGAGGAUGCUAAGGAGGAUUAUCAGUCCAAAGAUGUUAGUGGAGAUUCAAUACGGCGGCGUUUUCUUGAAUUCUUUGCUUCUCGUGGUCAUAAGGUGCUUCCAAGUUCGUCUCUUGUACCAGAAGAUCCUACCGUCUUGCUAACAAUUGCAGGAAUGCUUCAGUUUAAGCCUAUUUUCCUUGGAAAGGUACCUAGAGAGGUUCCUUGUGCAACCACUGCGCAAAGGUGUAUACGUACGAAUGAUUUGGAGAAUGUUGGGAAAACGGCUAGGCACCAUACUUUCUUUGAGAUGCUUGGGAACUUUAGCUUUGGUGAUUACUUCAAGAAAGAAGCGAUAAAAUGGGCAUGGGAGCUUUCAACUAUUGAGUUUGGGCUACCAGCUAAUAGAGUUUGGGUUAGUAUAUAUGAAGACGAUGAUGAAGCUUUUGAAAUCUGGAAGAAUGAAGUUGGUGUUUCUGUUGAGCGGAUAAAGAGAAUGGGUGAAGCUGACAACUUUUGGACUAGUGGACCAACUGGUCCUUGUGGUCCAUGCUCUGAGUUGUACUAUGACUUCUAUCCUGAGAGAGGUUAUGAUGAAGAUGUUGAUCUUGGGGAUGAUACCAGAUUUAUUGAGUUCUAUAAUUUGGUUUUCAUGCAGUAUAACAAGACGGAAGAUGGAUUGCUUGAGCCCUUGAAACAGAAGAAUAUAGAUACUGGUCUUGGUUUGGAACGUAUAGCUCAAAUCCUUCAGAAGGUUCCAAACAACUACGAGACAGAUUUGAUAUAUCCAAUCAUUGCAAAGAUCUCAGAGUUGGCGAAUAUCUCAUAUGACUCUGCAAAUGACAAGGCAAAGACAAGUUUAAAAGUGAUUGCAGAUCACAUGCGGGCAGUUGUCUAUCUCAUAUCAGAUGGUGUUUCUCCUUCAAAUAUUGGCAGAGGUUAUGUGGUUAGGAGGCUAAUAAGAAGAGCAGUUCGGAAGGGGAAGUCUCUCGGAAUAAAUGGGGAUAUGAAUGGUAAUCUAAAGGGAGCGUUUUUGCCAGCGGUUGCUGAAAAGGUGAUAGAGUUGAGCACUUAUAUUGAUUCAGAUGUAAAACUAAAGGCCUCACGCAUCAUUGAGGAGAUUAGGCAAGAAGAACUUCACUUUAAGAAAACUCUGGAAAGAGGAGAAAAGUUACUUGACCAAAAGCUUAACGAUGCAUUGUCAAUUGCUGAUAAAACUAAGGAUACGCCUUAUCUGGAUGGAAAAGAUGCGUUUCUUCUUUAUGACACAUUUGGCUUUCCUGUGGAGAUAACUGCAGAAGUUGCUGAAGAACGUGGAGUCAGUAUAGAUAUGAAUGGUUUUGAAGUGGAAAUGGAGAAUCAAAGACGUCAAUCUCAAGCUGCUCACAAUGUUGUAAAACUGACAGUUGAAGACGAUGCUGACAUGACGAAAAAUAUUGCAGACACUGAGUUCCUUGGAUAUGACAGUCUCUCUGCUCGUGCUGUUGUGAAAAGUCUUUUGGUGAAUGGGAAGCCUGUGAUAAGGGUUUCUGAAGGCAGUGAAGUAGAGGUUCUGCUGGACAGAACUCCGUUCUAUGCUGAAUCAGGAGGUCAAAUUGCAGAUCAUGGUUUUCUUUAUGUUAGCAGUGAUGGGAACCAAGAGAAAGCUGUUGUUGAGGUAAGUGAUGUGCAGAAGUCUCUUAAAAUUUUUGUUCACAAGGGCACUGUAAAAAGUGGAGCUCUAGAAGUUGGCAAGGAGGUGGAAGCAGCAGUAGAUGCAGACUUGAGGCAACGAGCGAAGGUUCACCAUACCGCCACUCAUUUGCUCCAAUCGGCACUUAAAAAAGUAGUAGGACAAGAAACAUCACAGGCUGGUUCAUUAGUAGCUUUUGACCGCCUCAGAUUCGAUUUCAAUUUUAAUCGGUCCCUGCAUGAUAAUGAGCUUGAGGAAAUCGAAUGCCUGAUCAAUAGGUGGAUUGGGGAUGCUACACGUCUUGAAACAAAAGUCCUUCCUCUUGCUGAUGCAAAACGUGCUGGAGCCAUCGCAAUGUUUGGGGAAAAAUAUGAUGAAAACGAGGUUCGUGUAGUAGAAGUUCCUGGUGUCUCCAUGGAACUUUGUGGUGGCACUCAUGUUGGCAAUACUGCAGAAAUACGAGCCUUCAAGAUUAUCUCAGAACAGGGCAUUGCAUCUGGAAUCCGGCGUAUAGAAGCGGUUGCAGGUGAAGCAUUCAUUGAAUACAUAAACUCACGGGAUUCUCAAAUGACACGUCUAUGCUCGACUCUCAAGGUGAAAGCAGAGGAUGUUACAAACAGAGUGGAGAAUCUUCUAGAGGAACUACGUGCUGCUAGAAAAGAAGCCUCCGACUUGCGUUCAAAAGCAGCUGUCUAUAAAGCAUCUGUCAUAUCGAACAAAGCAUUUACUGUAGGAACUUCACAGACUAUAAGAGUGCUCGUUGAGUCGAUGGAUGACACCGAUGCUGACUCAUUAAAGAGUGCAGCUGAGCAUUUGAUAAGCACAUUGGAAGAUCCAGUCGCUGUGGUACUAGGAUCAUCUCCAGAAAAAGACAAGGUUAGUUUAGUUGCUGCAUUUAGUCCUGGAGUAGUCUCCCUAGGUGUUCAAGCAGGGAAAUUCAUUGGCCCCAUAGCUAAGCUGUGUGGCGGAGGAGGUGGUGGAAAGCCCAAUUUUGCUCAGGCAGGCGGCAGAAAGCCUGAAAAUCUCCCAAGUGCCUUAGAGAAAGCUCGGGAAGAUCUCGUGGCAACUCUAUCCGAAAAGCUAGGGUGAAGCACAAACUUCAAAAGUGAUCUGCGUGUACAGAGAGAAGGAAGAGCACAUUGCUUGAUUCUAGACAAGUGUAUUGCAUGUAUAGAUGAUAGACAUUAAAGAUAUUUGAUGUAUCUAGUUUUUGAACAUUAAAUGAUCAAUGACAUUUCUUUUAAUGAAUGAGGGACUAUGUUUCGAUUUGCUUUACUCAUUGAACGUCGUCUCAAUGGUUUUGGACGUAUUACAAAAAGUGAAUCUGUGUAUAUUUAACAUAGCAUUAUAGCAAGUUAUGAAGAGAAUGUCAUGCUUUCUGUGCGCGUAGAGAGCUUUUGACGAGGGUGAGAUGAAGUUGUAGGCAGUUGAGACGACCGCGUUUUGACUCUGUUGGAUUGUGUCACCGGAGUUACUGAUGCGGUGAUAUUAUUGCAUUUGUGGUUGAAGUUUCGGUUCCUGUACUCUUUUCUUUUUUCCCAAAUUCAGGGUCCGGUUCAAUUU